UCAAAGGUCAUCAUUAGUAACACACGAGUAUUUUUAUUUCACACCACUUUGCUGCCUGUCUGCACUCUUCACCUGUCUCAGGUAAACCACGGCCAUCACAGGUGACCCCGCCCACCAGCCACACUUCCAGACCCACUACCAGCCUCGUCCUCUGGGCCACUCGGACUGUUAACAGAACCGCAGGCCGACAUCUUCACUGAAGUAACAAUAACACGCCUGACUGAGUGUGAUGUGGUUAACUGUCAACAGGGGUUUUAAUCUGAAAGUGCUCUGCCUGCACCUGCCCAACUUCCUGUUUUAUGGACAUGGUCAGAGCUGCCGUCCUCUCUUCAUCAUCAUCAUCAUCACAGCUUUCCUUUCUAAUGUUACCAAGUUAUUAACAACUUUUUCAAACUCCAUCUCGUCUACGUCACAUGAUGAUGUUAGCAGGAGGAGACUCAACCCUCGCCGUGCGAGGCUAAAUCACUGACGCUUGAUUACUUGCUGUGGCUAGCUGUGUCUCCAUACCAAGCUCGGCUACUACCUGAUCAGGUGAAAUAAGAGCAGCUUUCAGCAACAACAGCAGACUGCAGUAAAAGUAAUAAUUACACGUAUUACUUGACAGGCGAGGAGCUUUGUGACCGCGCUGUCUGCGGUGAAAGAUGCUUUACUUUUAUAUGUUUUUGUUUAUGUCCAUCUGACUUGCUUUCCAGCAAGUUCAGGUCCACCCCAGUGUCGGCUCCCAGUUGGCUUCCCUGAUAAACCUCCCGAACAUCCUCAGCACGAUUCAAACCAAAGAGCCAAGCUGGGUUUGUCUCAGUUGGGUUCAAACAGCAGUGGUUUGUUUGUACUAUGAAACACUGCAGAUGGUUCUGGAGGGAUUACAGGAAGUUACUACUCGCUCUAAACACCAAAAGAGACAGAGCCUGUUUGUUCCAGCAGAAACUCGUUCCCUCACUCUUCACCUUCCAGUCAGCUCCAUCAGCUAGCAUCAAACUGAAAGCUGCUAUGUGGUUGGACGACUACCAAGAUGAAGGAUUUAGGAGCUUGUGAAUGAUCGAGGAGGCGUAAUGAGCACAGACACAGUCAGAAUACGAGCGCCGGACAUCCUUCAGCCUUCUGUUUCAUAUUCAGGGUCUGACUGUUCUCCAUCAGGUGGGUGGAUGUGGCACCUGAUUGGUCAAAGCCGUGAGCGUUAUGCUGUUCUUUUGUCUCAGAGGAAAAUGAGUGGCUCUCUUAUUUUGAAAAUCUGAUUGUUACCCAGCUUGCUCCAGCUCUUUCCUCACCGGCUGGACAGACAGCAGGACACUGUUGUAGCAGAACUCAGUCCCAGCUAGCUUCUCGUUCCUGCUGGACUGCAGUCCAGGAUCAGUUGUGGAGGGUCACUCUGGGUCUACCAGCUGCAGGAGACGCCGAUGCCCGACAGCGGGGCCACAGACUGAUUACAGGGUGAGUUUACUGCAUUACAGCGAAGCAGCGCUUAUCUUGCUGCCACGCUGUAAUGCUUGCUUCAUGGCACUGCGGUGGUGUCGGCCAACAGACAGUUUACAGUCCUCCAAAACCCCCAACAGCGUGUAGCUGGGCUGUGCGCAAUGCGAAUGUUGAUUGGCUACAAGUGGCGGGGAAAGGAGGUAGAGAAGCACGAAAACCAUGAAAAACAGCACGCCAAGCUCAGACCUGCAGACUCUGCAGCUCAUUGGAUGACGGGACACCGAGGUGGACACCGCCCCCACCUGGCAGCACAGCUGCUCGACCAGCACAAAACUUGCGUUAAGGCAGUAAAUGAAUCACAGGGCUGUAAAAGGGACCAAUCACAUUUGGCUCCGCCCUCCAAAAGGUCAAAAGUCAGACCAAUUGGAGCAGCAGAGUUGUGCUGCACCUGUGAGCACAAACCAUUAGCUCGUGACGGUUUUAUCAAAUAUGAGCCCCCCACCACACACAAACACCACCCUGAUGUUGGGCACACUGUGGGUGGCUCACAGUGAUCCUCUGUGUGUGUGUGCGCGCGCGCGUGUGUGAAAUCAGCGGGCCUCGGAGUCACACUGAGCCACCCUGCGCCUGCCCAGAUGAGGCUGAGCAUGUGCAGCCUCUGAGGAUGACUCAUGUGAUGAUGGAGGAGCUGCUGAGCUCCUGCAGGAGGUUCACGUUCAGCUCCCUCUGAGGAGGAGGACGAAGAUGAGCCCGUUUGUUCUCGUGGGUACUCACUCGUCCGGGCGCGUGUCCUCGCUCAUGUUUCCCAUUUCACCUCCGGUCAUAAGGAGCUCCCACCGCGGCAGCGCGCGCGGUGCUCAUGUUUCCUCAGCAGGAGCAGCGCCCGGUCCUCCCCCGCUCCCUCCGCGCCUCCUCGGCGUUAAUCCCGUAUGAAGAGCUCGCCCACUACGGGCUGGACGUGGUGGGGGGGGUGUAUGGAGACCCUCCCCACCGCCACCCUCACGCCGCUGCAGCUGCACGUUCCCUGCAUGCCGUUCACCUGGCCGCCGCCACCUACCCUCCACACCAGUACGCCCAGUCCACCCACAGCAGCGGCGGCAACAUGGCCGCCACAGCCGGGGACGCCGUCAAGAGGGACAAAGACGCCAUUUACGGACAUCCUUUAUUCCCGCUGCUCGCACUCAUCUUUGAGAAAUGUGAACUGGCAACCUGCACGCCGAGGGAGAGCGCCGUGGCCGGGGGAGACGUCUGCUCCUCCGACUCCUUCAGCGAGGACAUCGCCGUCUUCUCCAAACAGAUCCGCUCGGAGAAGCCGCUGUUUUCAUCCAACCCAGAGCUCGAUAACUUGAUGAUUCAGGCGAUCCAGGUGCUGCGUUUCCACCUCCUGGAGCUGGAGAAGGUUCACGAGCUCUGCGAUAACUUCUGCCAUCGAUACAUCAGCUGUCUGAAAGGCAAAAUGCCGAUCGACCUGGUUAUAGACAACAGAGACGGAAACAAGUCAGACGGCGAGGACUUUGUCAGGUCGUCGGGGAACCUCGUGGAUCGGCAGGUUUCGUGGAGCACAGAUCACAACGACUCGGCAUCGAUCAGGUCGGCUGGGACGCCGGGACCGGCCAGCGGAGGACUCGCGUCUCACAGCGGCGACAACAGCAGCGAGCCAGGUGACUGCCUGGAUAACGGCGUGGCGUCUCCGAGCACGGGCGAUGAAGACGACCCCGACGGGGACAAGUCGAACAACAAGAAGAGAGGAAUCUUCCCCAAAGUGGCCACCAACAUCCUGAGAGCCUGGCUGUUCCAGCACCUGACGCACCCGUACCCAUCGGAGGAGCAGAAGAAGCAGCUGGCUCAGGACACCGGCCUCACCAUCCUGCAGGUCAACAACUGGUUCAUCAACGCGAGGCGGCGGAUCGUUCAGCCCAUGAUCGAUCAGUCAAACAGAGCAGUGAGCCAAGCGCCGCCGUACGGCCCAGAUGGCCAGCCAAUGGGAAGCUUCAUGGUGGACGGUCAGACGCCCGUGGGAAUCAGACCGCCUGGUCCGAUGGGUGGUGUAGGGAUGGGGAUGGGCGUGGAGGGACAGUGGCACUACAUGUAGCACCACCGCCUGCACCCUGCAGCCUGAGGAGGCGCCCGGCGUCGCAGGAAACCACCGACUCUGAUCAGGUCUGCAGACCCCAUAGCGUGGAGCGGGACCCCACGCCUCUUCACCUCCUGCCCAUCAGCUCUCCGCCCUGUGGGCGUGGCCUGAUGAGGAAACACCUGAGCUUGCCUCUGUUCUCGGCGGGCCUUCUCAGAGUGCUCCACGGACUAAAAAGAGAAACGUGAGGUAAGACAGUGAUCGUGAAGGCAAAGAUGAACACUGUCCACCGCGCGUUUCUGGAUUUGAUCACUUCCUGUGAUGUAAUCUCCCAGAACGGACAGAUCUGCAGCUCGGCUUCCUCUCUGCACUCGCUGAUGGACUCCUGAAGCCGUUUGCUCUGCAGACAGACAAUUUUGGACCAUAGACCCCCUGAGACCUCCCUCUCCGUAAAUAAAACUGAUUCUGUGGAUUUCUGAGUCUGAUUUUUGACUCCUGCUGCGUUCGGUGCCUCACUGAAAUAAAAUGUCAGCGCUUCAGUUUAUU